AUCAUCCUGAUCCAACUGAAGCUGGUAACAAUUCGAGUUACCAGCUUCAGUUAUUUCUUAUUGAUCACUUAUUGUAUGUAUAUGUAUAUGAAUAUGUAUAUAUAUAUCCACACACAUACAUACAUACAAGGGGCUGCUGAUGUUAAGGCCUUUUCCCAUCUUAAAGACACUUCCGAGCAUCCCUGGUGAUCUCUAACACCUACGUUGGUUGGAAAGACUGCACGAGUGGCAACUGUCGAUCCUCCUCCUCCUCCUCCUUUUUCUUCCCAAAGAUGGACUCUGGGGUUUCUUUCUCUUCUUAUACCGCCAAAACACCCAGGGCCAUGUCGGCAUCGCCCGUCAGCUUCUGGGCCAGGAGGCGAUACAGAAAUAUUACAAAUGAAAGCUCCAAUCAAUCAAUAGGCUCAUCCGCUGGGCUUGGGAUGCACUCCAAAGAAAACCCAACCAGGCGGUGUUAUGGGUGUCCAUUCUUCCAGGCUGAGAUGAAAGAUGUCAGAGUGAAAGGAGUGCUAGGUGGGGAGAGAAGGCACAGGUCCAUCCCCACACGCAAACCCCAGGCCUCUUCUUCCCCGCACAAGGUUUUCCCGGUCAGGUCUCAGUCCCGCUGCCCUUCUUCGAGGACUUUCUCCUCCCCUCCUCGCCUUAAGCCUCCGGGCCAAAGAAGUGCAUCCCUUUGACUUCCCAUCUACACUGACCAUUGGCUGCAGUUUCAAACCGGCGUGGAAGAAGGUGGUGGUCCCGGUGUGCGGAAAUCUUGAACCAGGUUGAGGCCCGGAUGGCGAGGGAUGGCACCAACAAAGGAGGGAGAUUGGGGGAAGCAUUGACUGCCAGGCAUGGGCAGGCUUGGGCUCUAAUUCCAGGGGUUUUGGACUUCAACUCCCGCCAUUCCUAACAGCCUCAGGCCCUUUCCUUUAAGCUUAAGUGGCUGAGGGGGAAAAGGAGAGACCCUCUCUUGCUUCUUCUGCGCGUCUCCGCUUUGGCUCUAACUUUCCCUCUCCUCCUGCGGUUGCUUCCUUCUCCUCCCUCCCUCGCUCCCUCCCUCCCUCCCGGCUCCCCCUUCCUUCCCUCCCCCUCCCUCUGCCUCUUUUUCCUCCUCCCUCCGUCUCCCUGCGCCUCCUUCCCUCCCUCGUCCUCCCGCUCCUCUCGGCGCCUCUGUCUCUUCUCCCCAGGAUGCUGAUGGAGAGGCCCCCCAGUGACCCGCCGCGGGAUGCAGCGCCCCUCGGAGCCGGCGCCGGAGACGAGGGCCUGGGCGAGCCCGACGUGGGCUUGGGCUCCGGCAGCAGCAGCAGCAGCAGCAGUGGGAACGGGGGCGGGGGCAUGGCCCUCCUCCUCCUCCCCCCGGGGGAGCCGGCGCCGCUGAAUGGGGUUGCCAAGGAGACGGGCCGGCCGCCCCCCUCCCCGGCCGCCCCGGUGCCCGUGAUCGAGCUGGUGCGCGGGGGCCGCCCCAUAAGAGGCGCCCGGGGCCCGGCGGGAGGCGCCAUUCUCGCCCGGAACGCCGCGGACCCGGACCGCCCCCACACCGCGCCCGCCUUGGCCCUCGCCCUCGGCAACGGGACGCCCCCCGCCGCAGGAGCAGCGGCAGCAUCCGGAGGAGGAUUCGGAGGGAGCCUCGGCAGCAGCGGCAGCAGCGACGCCCGCAUGGUGCAGCUCAGCCCCGCGCCCGCCCUCCCGCUCCAGCCGCCCCCGCGGACCAUGCUCUACGGGCUCGGAGCCCCACUCGGCCCCGCCGCCCCCGCCGCCAGCGCCGCCAACGACAACGCCAACGCCAGCAGUGUUUUCUUUGGAGAGCCAGACAAUUACCUAAUGUACAACAACCGAGUGAAAAGAAGACCUUCGCCCUAUGAAGUGGAGAUCUCUGAUGGGUUGAACUGGUCGUCUGGGUUGGCAUCGGGAUGGACAUUUCCCUCACAGCACAUUGGCAGACACCGGGGCUUUUUCACCUUCCUCUGGAGCAUUGGGCAGGAUCAUCUGUUAGGAUCAGGUCCUCAUACAAAGGUGGUCCGUCGAAUAUUUACAAACAGCCGUGAGAGGUGGAGGCAGCAGAAUGUCAAUGGGGCUUUUGCCGAGCUCCGCAAGCUGAUUCCGACUCAUCCACCUGACAAAAAGCUCAGCAAAAAUGAAAUCUUACGCCUGGCUAUGAAGUACAUCAAUUUCUUAGCUAAGCUGCUAAACGACCAGGAGGAAGAAGGGAACCAAAGAGGCAAAAUGAACAAAGACACUGGCAUAGUGCAAGAGGAUCUCCUUCAGGACAUGUUGUCCCCAAACUCAAGCUGUGGAAGCUCAUUAGAUGGAGGUGGAAGCCCAGACAGUUUCACUGAAGAGCAUGAGACAAUAGAGCCUAAGCACACAAGAGCUCUUCACCAUUCCCUUCUUCCCAUUGAAAGCAACACACAGCGAUGAUGAACCUACAAAGAGGCAUAGGCAAGCCCUUGAAUACCUGAUAUUUGGAAUUUAUGCAUGCCCUUUCCCCUUCCUCCUCCUUCUCCUCCUCAUCUAAAGAUUGAAAUGGGCACUUCUUAAGAUUUCCAUUCAGGCUCAACAAUCUGAGAAAGGAAAGAGCAACAGGAUGAGAGAGUAACUUGAUGAAAUUCAGUCCCUUCUUUUUUGCUUCAGACCCAGAUGCAGCUUCAACCUUCAAAAGUUGUUUUGAUAUUGGUAUGCUUUUGGAAAGAUUCAGCAUUGUGGGGUUGAAACAGGCAGGUGGCUCAUCGUGUUUUUGUGCCAGGUUUACAACAGAUUUGACUGCUAUUUGGUCCUUGUUCAUAUUACCUCUGUUUCUGCAUUGCAUUGCCCCAUCUCUCUUUCAGUGGGACAGACCAUGCAUCUUCCUUCCUGUGUAUAUAUCCUUGGACACGGAAAUCUUCAAAAAUAAUUCACUAUGUGUGGUGGUAUUUUUCCCCAGCUCACUUGGUGGAAAUUUAUGCAAUCUGUCUUUGGCCUUCAGACAAGAGCUUUGCCUUUUUAAAGGAAGAAAGGAAAUACUUGCUGUGAAGGAACAGUUGACUUUGUAUUGUGGCUUUGCUUUCUGUUGGUUUUGUUUUCAUUUUCCUUAAUAUAGCCCAGUUUUGGAUUGUUUGAGGUCUUGUAUUUAUCAUGUGAAAUUCUUUUGUUCAAUGCCAACAUGCAGUAUCUGCUGAAGGUUUUUGUUUUGUUUUUUUAAAAAAAUAAGGUACACCAGUGUGGAGGCUUGCUUUCCAGCUUCUGACAGUUCACCACAGUGUAUUCUUCUGACAUGGGUGAGCAAUAGCUUUUCCUUAAACAUGUUGUUUUGGGGGUUCCCUGUUUUGUUUUUCAUGAAACAAAAGUGAUGAAAAAUGUGUGUGUGUGAAUGUGUGCAUAUAUACCAUGUAUACUCAAGUAUAAGCCAACCCGAGGCACCUAAUUUUACCACAAAAAACUAGGAAAACUUAUUGACUCGAGCAUAAGACGAGGGUGGGAAAUGCAGCAGCUACUGGUAAAUUUCAAAAAUAAAAAUAGAUACCAAUAAAAUUACAUUAAGUGAGACAUCACUAGGUUAAAUAGUUUUGAAUAUUUACAUAAAACUGUAAUUUAGGAUAAUAAUAAGACUUUAAUAAGAUAAGACUGUCCAACUAUGAUUACCUAAAUACUCGAGUAUAAGCCGACCCAAAUACUCGAGUAUAAGCUGAGGAGGGCUUUUUCAGCCUCUAAAAAGAGAGAGUGGGGGGACGACAAGAUUUCAGAAAUGCAUUUUUGACUUGUUUGGGUUUACUUAGGUAGCAAUGAUCAAGCACAAUCUACCAGAAAAGAAUGGGAGAUGCAAAAUGAGAGAUCCAUAUUCAUUGCUACUGCCAUUGGUCAGCAAAGUUGAGCACACUGUCUCCAGAAGCAAAUGUCCAACCAUGUUGUACCAUGGACUCAUGGACUCACUAGGAUAUUUGCAGGAGAAGCCCUGAACUACUACUCAUUAGAAACUCUUUUCAGAGCAUCUUUGCAUUCUGUUGUGCAAUUUAGAUUUGGGGUUGUAUGUUUUCUAAAUAUUUUACAAAUGUCAGUAUAGCUGUUUCCCAACUGAUUGACAGUUUUUAUGUUUACCAUUGGUUAAUUUUAUUUGAAGAAAGAAUAAUUGCUUUGACAUCUAAACAACUUCAAAGAAGAAUGGUUUACAAUAUGCUGAAUGAUUUCUGGCUUUGAGGGGAGGUUGGAUUUUGUAAAAAAGUUUCACUUUGGGCAAAAAAAUGGGAGGGAGAGAGAAAGGGUUGUGUUUAGUUGUGAUGAGGAGAAAAAGAAAUGGAGAGAAAGAAAAAUGGAAGAAAAAGAGAGAAAGAGAUUGUUUAUCCUAUUGGAUGGUAGACCCUUAAAAAUAAAUACCCAAUGAUAAUUGAAGAGAUUGCUGUGGAAUAAUCGCCUUAUUGCUGCCAUUUUAAAAUGUCUCCUUCAUAUAUAUUUUAUUAACUGGAAGUAACCAGAGAACACAAUCUAUAGACUGGAAGAGAAAUGUGGAAGUCAGAUUAAAUGACUUGUAAAGCACUAAAUUCUAAUUCGUAGGCUGCAGGUAUAAAUAUAAAAUACCAAUUAGGUAAUAAGCCUGACUGAACAGAGAAGUUCAUAUUUGAGUAAACCUUUGAGGCGUGUGCUGUCUCUGUGCUUCACUCAAUCAUUGACUUGUACGUCUGUCGUCAUUAGGCCAUGGUUGGGGUAUUUUUCUUCCAGACUUAGUUGUUCUUUUUCACUGUUUACAAAGACUCUUUUCCUAGAUAAGUAUCUAAAUAGGAAAUUGGAUACAGCUUCAUCUGUCUAUUUAGCCAAGGAAAGCUGUGGCAGAAAGGCUGACUAUCCCACAGCAAAAAGAGAUUUGGAAUUUAUCAAACUGCUAGGCUAACACUAUGUAAGAUAGCAGGAGAAAUACAUUAUGGUACUUUAAAAGGUCUGCUGUGGUUUGAGAAUGAGAGUAUUUAUGUCUUCCUCAUGCCAUGGGAAUACAAUGACAAUGCAGAUCUAUCAGCCUGUAGAGGAAUGCUCAUCUCCAUACUUUAACUUAGCAGCCCUAGUAAUAAUAAUGUGUACAAAUUGGUUUAGAAGGAUUUUUUCCCCAAUGAUUUAACAGUGUCUAUAACAAAAUGCCCUCUCCCAUGAAUCAAGCUGCUAAUAUUCCAAGCUGCUACUCAAUGUAAAGUAAAGGUAAAGGUUUCUCCUUGACACUAAGUCUAGUUGUGUCCAACUUUGGGGGUGGUGCUCAUCUUCAUUUCUAAGCUGAAGAGCCAUCAUUGUCCAUCUCCAAGGUCACAUUACCUUCCUGGUGAAGCGGUACCUAUUGAUCUACUUACAUUUGCAUGUUUUUGAACUGCUAGGUUGGCAGAAACUGUGGCUAAUAGUGGGAGCUCACCCCGCUGCCUAGAUUCAAACCACUGACCUUUUGGUCAGCAUUUUUGCAGCUCAAUGGUUUAACUUGCUGUGCCACCGGGGCUCCUGCUACUCAAUGUAGUAACUUUUCCACAAGAAAGCAAUAAAAACAUGUCUUCUUCACUGAUAUAGUAAUUAAUGCAAUAAGAUAAAGGUAAGGGUAAAGAUUACCUCUUGACAUUAAGUCUAGUCGUGUCCGACUCUGGGGGUUGGUACGUAUCUUCAUUUCUAAGCCGAAGAGCCGGCGUUGUCCGUAGACACCCCCUAUUUUAUCUGUAAGAAUAGAGAAACUUGAAUUCUCUCAUCUGAUUGGUAGUUUCACACUUCUUACACAGCCCAAAUAAAAAAAUCUUUGUGCUGUGGUUUUUAGGCCUGAUCCUGGGGUUAUUUGGGGUGCUGAUUCAGAAAAUUGCAUUGGACAGACUGCACCAGCUCUAGAUUCUUAGAUAUGGUUAUCAUGACUUUCUGUGGGCAAGCAGAUGAAGACUGGUAUAAGGCAUAUGUUCUAUAUCUCAAAAACUAAAGAUGAUAUGGAAAAAAUGGUGCAAUUUUUGGAACCAGCAGGUCAAAUGUACUCAGAAACAGAGCUAACAUUCGAGGCUCCAAAAUGUAUGUUGGUCAGUGUUAUCAAUGAAAUGUGGAUAUCUUACUUCAUGAUUUACUUAUAUUUUCGCUUUACAUCCCAGUUGUACUUUAACUUGGUACCCUUCAGAAAUGUUGAAAUACACACUCCACGACUCACAGGCAGUAUGGACAAUGGGGAGAUGGGAAUUGCAUUCUAAAAUAUGACAGGAACUAAAUUAGAGAAGGAUGUCCUAGUUUGAUCAAAUGGGGAGUAAUCCCAUUUUCUCAUUCUCUUCCCACAGACAACAUGCACAUUAACUAUGCUGGUUAACAUAAUCAUGCUAUAAUUUUUUUCUUAUAAGUAAAGGGCCACAGCAUAGGACAAGCUGGAACAUGCCCAGAGGAGGGCGGCUAAAAUGUUGAAAGAUCUGGAGACCAUGCCCUAUGAGGAGUGGCUGAAAGAGCUGGGUAUGUUUAGCCACAUUCACUCAAAAGGACGUUCCAGUGUGUUUCAAAAUAAACAUGUUUACAAUAGCAACCAUAGAAACAAUCCUAUACCUGUUUAUUUAGAAGCAAGUCAACUGAAUUUAAUGGGGUUCACUUCUGGGCAAAUAUGUACACGAUUCUCACCAUAUUUAAUUAACAUCUCAAAAUGUCAGCAGCAUUCAUGUGAAGAGGGAAGAUAUUUUGUCACCAAAAUCUUUAGAGUGGUAAAACAAAAGAAACAACAAAAAGUAAUGGUAAUGACUGAUGUGUUAACCAGUGUUUACCUUGAUCCACAUUCUACUGCACCAAACUAGGAAAUAUCCUCCUCCAAAGUAAAAACCCAAAGUACAACACAGAAUUUUUCCAUAUGUGUUUUUUUGGUACUUGUUCAAGGUAGUUUUUUUAAAAAAUGUGAAACUAUUCUGCAAAUCUGUGCAAGGAGUUUGUAUUAAAGCAUUUCAGCUGUGCAGCUAGGUGAUUUUUAGAUUUUCAACUUAAUCAUCUUAUGAUAGUACUGAUGGGUGUCUUUUCCUUCUAAAGUUUUGCUAGUCAAAAGUGUUAUUUAACUUAAAUCAGAGGUUGGAAUACUGUUCAUGAUUUACAAAUGUAUUAAUUUCCCAACAAAAUGGAUGGGAAAUUUUGGUGCAGUGCCUAGCAUCUAAAUUCAUUUUGAGAUCAUGAAAGCAGAGGUUUGUAGUUGUUACCACAGUGUGCAUCCAUUUGAUUGCACAUUCCAUUGUGCAUCUGGUUGAGCAAUUUUGCCACUUAGCACAAGGAUUGUAUAAUUCUGUUCAUAUAACCCAGUGGUUUUCAACCUGGGGUCCCCAAAUGUUUUUGGUUUACAACUGCCAGAAAUCCCAGCCAGUUUACCAGCUGUUAGGAUUUCUUGGAGUUGAAGGCCAAAAUCAUCUGGGGACCCCAGGUUGUGAACCACUGAUGUAACCCCAAAUGUGAAGAAUAUACAUAUCUAUACAUAUCUGAGGUAGGGCAUUGGACAAAAUGUGAUUUUGAAGGCAGUGUUGCCUUUUUCCCAGUAAGUCCCUCAGUGAGACUUGUUUCCCCAUGGCCUUCCUGAUAAUAGCUAUAUGCAUGGUUAAGGAGCCUUUCAUACUCUACAGUUAGGAUUCCACUUUAACUGCCAUGGCUACAUCCUAUGGAAUCCUGGGAUUUGUACUCUGGGGAGACAAUAGAAAUUUCUGUGAUUAUUCUAAGUAGCCUUCCUUAAACUGAAAAUCUCAAGGUUCCAUAGGAAUGAAUCACAGUAGUUGAAGUGGAAUCAAAGCACUAUAAUUUGGAAAGCCUCCAAAUUUGGUUUUCAGUUAUAAAUUAAAUGUAGCAGUGAGAAAUCUAAGAGCAAGAGUAAGAAAUAAUUAUAUGUGUAGCUCAACCCACAGAUAAGGACUAUGAAUGUGGACUGGGGCAAGUACAGGAAACAAUGGGAGAGCAGAGGGGAAAAACACUAGGUCUAAUUUUGAGCAAAAAUGUACAUGGUCCUCUAGGAUGUGGCACAAUAAAAAUGUACUACAGUAGCAACUAAAAUAAGUAGCACUCUUCCUCUGGUUCAGCAGAUGUAUAGAAGUCAAAGUAUGAAGGACAAUGGAUUCCCUUUGGUUUCCCUAUUCUCUUUCUUCCUGACUUAGCUUUCCAGUAGAUCUCUAUAGUCCUGGUUUGAGAUACAGGAUGUGUAUGGAUCAAUGUAUGAUGUUAACAUUGCUGUAUCUGAAUAGUAUGGGGCAAGGAGGAAAAUUAUUGACAUCUAGACGCCCUCCCUUGCCCCCCUCCCUCUCCCUCUCCCUCUCCCUCUCCCUCUCCCUCUCCCUCUCUCUCUCUCUCUCUCUCUCUCUCUCUCUCUCUCUCUCACACACACACACACACACACUUUUAAUCCAUGUGAGAGAAUGGUACAACCCAUGUCAUUUUCCAGAAAUACAGUCUCUUUGUAGUCUCCCAGCAUCUGUAUGUCUGGGAUCUGUUGAUGUGUACUUUAUACUGUGGUUUGGAUGGUACAUCUCUACUUUCCCCCACCUCCUUUCUUGCCUGCUCUGUGUCUUGUUGUAUAUAACACACCUUCAAACUGUUCAGUUCUGAGGAAGCAGCACUUUUGGUCAGUGUUGUGCUGUGGGGUAAAUUUCUUUCUUUCCUCCUUUGUUUUUCUGCCCUUUAUAGCAGAAGUUAAGUAACCAGAACUGGUACCUUUUUAUUCUUAUUGACUUUGUAAAGCCCACAAGGUGAUGUACUAUUUAGAAAACACAUUUGUUGUAAUGUGUAUGUAUAUAUAAAUAAAUAAAUAUAUAAUGACUAUAUUGAGGAUAUUUCUAAAUAAAGGUUUACAAAUCAA